GAUGGUCGGUUCAAAGAUACUUGGACAAAGUUUCAAGCCUUUUCACUCUUCGAAUAUGAGCGCGUGAUCCUGUUGGACGCCGAUAUGCUUAUUCGCCAAAACAUGGACGAAUUAUUUGAUUUGGAGCUACCCAGGGGACACAUCGCUGCUUGUCAUGCUUGCACGUGUAAUCCUCUACGUAGGAUAGGUUAUCCCACAGAUUGGAUACCAGAAAACUGCGGCCAUACACACCCAUGCGUAGAAGACUCUCAGUCGAUUAUUGAAUCUUGGCAACCUACAAAAUAUUCAAAAAGGACUCAACAUCUGUUGAACAGUGGACUUGUAGUACUCCAACCCGAAAAAACCACUUUUGAAACCCUCAUUGACUUUCUUUCCACUGAUGAACGAGUAGAAACCUUCAGGUUUCCUGAUCAAGACCUCUUAGCAAUUGUCUUUAAGCUUAAAGUCGUAUUCCUACAAUACAAAUAUAACGCACUCAAGACACUCGGCGUCCUCCAUCGUUUCAAAUGGUCUGAGUCCAAUAUCAAAAAUAUUCAUUAUAUCCUUCCUCAAAAGCCAUGGCAU